CCGACCCACCGACAAACCCUCCGACCGGCCACGGACUGACUGAUAAGAUUUGCGGACCGAUUUCCGACUUUGCUACCGGGCAGAAUGUCCAACGCAAGGAAUCGCCGACACAGAAGAGACCGCACGGACGCGCAGUACGCAGCGGCAAUGAUGAGGCGACAGCGUGUGCUGCGGGACCGCCUGAACCCCUUUGAGGAUUUCGACGAGGAUGGGCUGCAGCAACGGUUCCGAUUUGGAAGAGCGGGCAUAAUGUUUCUCGCCGACACACUGCGUCCGGACUUGGAGCGCCGUACACGUCGUAGCCGCGCCCUCUCUGCGGAGCAGCAAGUGAUCAUCGCCUUGCAGUUCUACGCAACUGGGAACUUUCUGAUCACUGCAGGCGACUACAUCCGCGUGCAUGUGUCAAGUGCUUCACGGGCUGUGAGGCAAGUCACCGUAGCGCUGGCUCGUCGAGCACAAGACUUCAUACGAUGGCCUGACGCUGCGGAGGGGGCAGCCUUGCAGCACAAGUUCUACGACAUGGCCGGCUUUCCUUUGGUCGUGGGUGCUGUUGACGGUACCCAUGUCCGGAUCCAGGCACCCCAUGUGCACGAGGAGGCGUACGUCAACCGCCAUGGAUACCAUUCCAUCAACGUACAGGUGGUCGUUGACGCCUCUUCUCGGAUUCGCAACGUGGUUGCAAGGUGGCCUGGAAGCACCCACGACUCUCGGAUCUUCACGGAGAGCACCUUGGCAGUCAAGCUGGCCAGUGGAGAGUACGACGGCCUGCUGCUUGGUGACAGCGGCUACUCCUGUCAACCUUGGCUGAUGACGCCAUUCCUGUCGCCGUCAUCAGCAGCCGAGGUCGCAUACAAUACGGCACACACGACGACAAGAAGCAUUGUUGAACGGACAAUCGGCCAACUCAAGCGGAGGUUCCAUUGCCUUCACGCUGAGCUCCGAAUGGCUCCAGAACGGUGCUGCGACAUCAUUGUCGCGUGCUGUGCCCUCCACAACCUGGCCAAGAGGUACCCCUGCAGGACACCCGUGGCCGCCAUCCCCGCUGAGGUUCCCGUUGAGCCCGUAGCAGCCAACCGUGCUGAGAGCAACGAGGCCCGAGACUUUAUUGUCAACCAUUUCUUCGGCUAAGUAUCCUGCUGUCGCUCGGCCCUUCUCUGGUACUGCUGUGCAGCCUCACGGGUCCAGCGCUGGUUGUGCUGCACAACAGGAGAGGCCAGUGUUCUCUGUGCUGCGUCGUCUUCAACUGUACUGCUGCCAGAUGACGAGGGUGGCGGCGUCGUCACCCUUCCCGUGCAGCUGCUGUAGUGACACGCAUGACCAGGAAAUUGUUUGAGGUUAAAGGGAUACUACAACAAAAUUUCGGGUUUCAUUUUUUGGUCUAUAUGUGUUCGAAGGAGCAGUAUCA